UUUUGCAGUAUUUUCUAGAUAUCAGGUUUUGCAGUAGCAUUUAAAUGCAUCUGUACUAACUAUACCGACAAAACAAAUUAUUUUUAUUCACUAACGCCAAUGUCAUUGAAUAUUUUUCUUCGUACAUUCCAUAAUUUGACUUCUAAACGUCAAUUUUUGAAAAUUCAAUGGAAAAAAUUAGAAAAAAAUUAUUUCCCUGUUCAGAAGCGUAAUCAUCUAUCACAAUCAAUCAAUUCAAAUUCAGAUAUGCCUCCAUCAGGGAAGGCAAGGACUGUUUUAAUAGACUUGAGUGGGACUGUACAUGUUGAGAGCACUGCCAUUUCAACGGCUCAUAGCGCAAUUGAGAGGCUCCGUGAUACAAGUUUGAACAUACGAUUUGUAACAAAUAGUUCUAAGGAAUCAAAGUUAUCACUUUAUAAAAGACUGAAGAACAUGGGCUUUGAUAUCAAAAUGGAUGAGAUCUUCACUUCACUGACAGCUGCUAGACAGUUGGUAGAAACCAGAAAACUGAGACCUAUGUUAAUUCUAACUGAAGAGGCUAUGGAUGAUUUCAAAGGAAUUCCAAAUGAGGACCCAAAUGCUGUAUUAGUGGGACUAACACCUGAUAAGUUCAACUACGAGCAUCUUAACACUGCCUUCCGUGUCUUGCUUGACAAACCAGAUAUUCCAUUGAUUGCUAUCAACAAAGCCAGAUAUAUCAAGCAAUUGUCGGGACUGUCUUUAGCUACAGGUCCCUUCGUGACAGCCCUAGAAUAUGCAGUCGAUAGAAAGGCUGAAUUGGUUGGAAAACCAAACUCUGCUUUUUUCCUGGAGAGUAUUAAAGACUUUGGUUGUGAGGCUAGCAGUACUGUAAUGAUUGGAGAUGAUGUGAGAGAUGAUGUGGAAGGAGCCAUGAAAAUCGGCAUGUUUGGAAUCUUAGUUAAAACAGGAAAAUACCGCGAUGGAGAUGAAACCAAGAUCAAACCAGGUCCCGAUGCUAUAUGUUCCGACAUCGGUGACGCUGUGGAAUACAUAAUAACUAAUCUCACUUGAUCCUGCUUGAUCCUUGAUCCUGCUUGUGUGGAACCCUGUGCAAUAUGAAGAAAAUGUAAUAAACAUAAUUGGACAUUACAUCGCAUGUUCGGGCAUUUAUAUUGUGAUGCCUGCAGCAUACCAAUAUGACCUGAAUUUUCAGCAUGGCACAAAAGCAUGGACUCGAAAGUCUGUGGUAAAAGGAAUUUGAGAAAGAGACAUGCAACUGCUUGGGUGUGUUUGCUGCUCGGUGUCCGCUGUUUGGUGUCUGUUGCUCGAGGUCUGUGUGUUGCUGUAACAACUGCUGCUUUGAUAUUAUACAAAUAAACUUAAUCUACAAGUCGUGCAUGUCCCGUUACAGCAACCAAACAUACUAGUCCAAGUUCCAUCAUGGCUGCUUUGAUUUAGCUCGAAACAUUAAUUUUUGUUGAGGCAAUUUAAUGAAAGUAUUUCACUAAAUAGAAAUAAAACAAGCAAAAUGUAGGCUAAGGAGUACCAAUGGUCAGUGUGUGAAUACAGGGUGGGAAUUUAAGGUACGUGGAGUACAAUGAUUAUUAAGACUACUUGACAUGGACACUAUGGUUCAUAAAGGGUUAUGGAAGCCCAUCUUAAAUACAUGUACAGUACAUGAUUUAUUUAUCUUAUUUUAUGCGAUAUUACAUGUAUAAGGAUGUUUCUAUGCCAACAUACAUUUCUUCAGCAUUCCUUAAAGGUAGAGUCAGAGAUAUAUGGGAUGAUAAAAUUGCAGGCAUCAUGUGCAAUAGACUAGAAGCAGGAAGCAGUCUUGAUUUUUGUCAUGAAAUGUGAAAAUCAAAGUGAAACUGUAUCUGAAACAAUACAAUAUUACCUUUAAAAUAGAGACAAAAUAUUGGAAAGGUUGUUCACUAGAUCUGAUUCUGCCUUUAAAGGCCCUUAUGCACUGUUGACUACCCAGUGUAAAUGUUCAGUUAAAAAAAA